GCCGUUUAGUCAGUCGACCCGAGCGGUUGAGGCGGCCGAGGGAAGCCGCCGCUCCGCUCGCCUGAGGGGGUGGAAGCACUGCGGGCGGGGGCGCACGCCAUGGAGCCGCGGGCCUGGCCUGGGCUGCGAACGGCGGGCGGAGGCAACGGCGGAGGAGGCCCUUGAAGGCAGGGAGGAGGAGGAGGAGGACGUGGCGGCGGCGGGAGCCUCCGAGGAAAUGGCCACCGAGCCCCCGCGCUGUGCGGCGAGCAGGGAGCCCGAGCGGCUUCUUCGGGGCGCCAAGGCGGACGUGCCUCCGGGAUCCGCGUCGUCGUCGUCGUCGGAGGUAGAAGAGGAAAGAGGAGGGAGGAGCGUCCGGCUCCUCAACGGCUGUGUGCCGCUGUCUCACCAGGUGGCCGGGCACAUGUACGGCAAGGAUAAGGGCGGCAUCCUGCAGCAUCCUGAUGGCACAGUCCUCAAACAAUUGCAGCCACCACCUCGAGGGCCCAGAGAACUAGAAUUCUAUAACAAGGUAUAUGCUGCUGACUGUGAAGACUCUGUGUUUCUAGAACUCCAAAAAUAUUUGCCAAAAUAUUAUGGAACCUGGUCAUCACCUACUGCACCCAAUGAUUUGUACCUGAAACUGGAAGAUGUGACACACAGAUUUAAAAAGCCAUGUAUAAUGGAUGUAAAAAUAGGCCAGAAAAGCUAUGAUCCAUAUGCUUCCGCUGAGAAGAUUAAGCAACAAGUCAGCAAGUACCCAUUAAUGGAAGAGAUUGGGUUCUUGGUGCUAGGCAUGAGGGUAUAUCGCGCCCAUUCUGACAGCUAUGAGACGCAGAACCAGCACUAUGGAAGAGGCUUAACGAAAGAGACAGUAAAAGAUGGUGUGGCUCAGUUUUUCCAUAAUGGAUUCUACCUGAGAAAAGAUGCUGUAGCUGCCAGUAUUCAAAAGAUUAAAGAAAUACUGCAGUGGUUUGAGAAGCAGAAGCAGCUUAACUUUUAUGCAAGUUCUUUACUAUUUGUCUAUGAUGGCUUGUAUCCGAUGACAACUACAUGGUUAAAUGAUGGCAGUCUGGUCGAGAAGGCAAGAGUGUCCAAGGGUCAAGUGCCAAGUGGUGGUACAUUGGAAUGUAAUAAUAACAUUCGUGUCAUCGGUUCUACAGAGAAUGGCAAGGUAGAGACCCCUGUAGGCAAAGGCUUCUCUAAAAUGUAUGCACUUCACAAAAGGCACCAGAGUCAAAUUUCCCUUAAAGUUGAAACUGUGGAACAAGACAAUAUAUGGAAGAGCAGUGCUUGCCUUUCACAAGAACAUCUGAAUGGAAAUGUUAUACCUCAGCUGGAAAAAGUUUUCUGCCACAUGCCUACUACGCUGCCAGAAAGCAUGGAGGUUGAAGUCAGGAUGAUAGAUUUUGCGCAUGUGUUCCCCAGCAACACACACGAUGAGGGCUAUAUUCAUGGUCUGAAGAAUUUAAUUACCGUCCUUCAAAAUAUUUUAGAUACUUAAACUUUUUGCUAUGAUUUCUACUGGGGGCCAAUUGUAAUGAAAAGCAACAA